AUGGCAUUUGGAUCCAAGAGGGCGCGCCGUCCACGCCUGAUCUCGUCGACACCGAGCUUCUCUUCUGGUGAUAGAGCAUCCAUCGGCGAAUUUGACGAUGCGGACGGGACACGAGCGAUGCGGCGCAAAAACGACAGUCUACUGUCGGAUGAAAGGGGCAGACUAGCAAAUGCAGACGGAGUGCGCGAAUGCAACGUCUGUCGGAACGCCUUUUCGAGCAGCUUUCGGAUGCCGGAGCUGUGGUGGGCUCCGUAUUGUAGGAGGUCGAAUGGCCACUUUGGCUACGAAGCUACGCCCGAUGAGAAUGGCAACAUUGCAGAGAUCAUUAGUUGGGCCCGCUUCCUCAUCAAGGUGCUGGAUACCAAGGCGCAACAUACCUGGUGCAAGAUGAACGUCUAUGUGCGAUGGCUCGCUGCCACGCAGCAGACCAUGGUCGUCCUCUUUGACCCGCCGCUAGAUCAGAGAGACAGGUGGACGAAACUGCUGCUGGAGCAGGAGCCCCGGAACAAGAUGGAGGACCCGUUCUGGGUCUAUUCGACGCUGGUAGGGGAGAUUGUCAGCCUCCAGGACAAGGCCGUCUGGACCGCUCGCACGCACAUCCGGAAGAUCGAGAAGAAGAGGGAAGUGGACCAGUGGUCGGCCGAGCCACCGAGACCAAAAUUCUCUUCCCUUCACGAUCUGGCCAGGCACGCAACCCACGUCUCCGAGACGCUAGACGUGGCCAUGACCACCAUGGCGAGCAUGCUGCGGCACCACACACUCUUCUUGGAGGCCAGGCAGGUUAGCCGCCCGGCGAGUCCGAGGCCGAUAUCGCAGACCGUCCACGAAAGGCUGCUCUUCUUCGAGCACAUGCUCGCGAGCCUCCGCUGCCGAUCCUUGUCCAAUAAGGAGCGUCUGCAGAACGAGAUCCAGCUGAGCUUCAACGUCGUCACCCAGUACGACGCCAACCUGUCGCUGCAGAUUGGCUAUGCCGCCAAGUCGGACAGCCGGGCCAUGCGGACGAUUGCCUUUCUCACCGCGGCCUUUUUACCGGCCACCUUCAUGUCGGCCAUCUUCAGCACCUCCUUCUUCACGUACAAUGGCGAUGCCUGGGCCAUGUCCAGCCACUUCUGGGUCUACUGGGCCUUUGCCCUGCCGCUGACCGCGCUUACGUGUGGCCUGUGGUACGCCUGGCAGCGUAGGAACAAGACUGACUGUGUGGGCAGAGUGGCCGGGUCGAUAGUGUGA